AUGGCAACGGCUACUAUUGCUUCGUCUUCCUCCCUCCGAUUCGCGUCAUCAUCUGCAUCUCCCAAUUCUUCCUCUCCUUCUCCACAUUAUCUCCUCCCUCUCCACCGCCUUUCAUCGCCACCGUCCUCCUCUGUCUCCGCCACUCUUUCUUCCCGUUCAUCCAUUUCUUCAAUUUCACCUCUCAAUCACUCCGUUAAUGCUUCAACUUCAAGGCGGGUCUCAAUCUCAGCCUUCACCGUGAAGUCAGAGAAGAAAAAGGUGUUGAUAGUCAACACCAACAGUGGUGGCCAUGCUGUCAUUGGAUUCUACUUGGCUAAAGAGCUUCUGGGUUCCGGCCACCAGGUCACUAUUUUCACCGUCGGCGAAGAGACCUCCGACAAGAUGAAGAAGCCUCCGUUCAACCGAUUCUCAGAAAUUGUGAACGCCGGUGGAAAGACUGUUUGGGGUGAUCCCGCCGAUAUCGGGAAGGUUUUGGACGGAGUGGCAUUUGAUACUGUGUUGGAUAACAAUGGCAAGGAUAUAGAUGCAGUCAGGCCAGUGGCAGAUUGGGCAAAGAGCUCUGGCGUAAAGCAAUUUCUGUUCAUCAGCAGUGCCGGGAUAUAUAAGCCAACGGACGAGCCCCCUCAUGUGGAAGGGGAUGUUGUUAAAGCUGAUGCUGGUCACGUUGGAGUGGAGAAGUAUAUUUCAGAAACUUUUGGGAGCUGGGCAUCUUUCCGACCACAGUACAUGAUUGGCUCCGGGAAUAACAAAGAUUGUGAAGAGUGGUUUUUCGAUCGCAUUGUUCGCGGGAGACCAGUCCUAAUUCCUGGUUCUGGAUAUCAACUGACAAACAUUGCGCAUGUUCGGGACUUGUCAUCCAUGCUUGCUCUUGCCAUUGAAAAUGCGGAUGCUGCAAAUGGUAACAUCUUCAACUGUGUCAGCGAUCGCGCUGUUACACUGGAUGGAAUGGCAAAGCUAUGCGCAAAAGCUGCAGGCCUUCCUGUGGAGAUAGUGCAUUAUGAUCCUAAAGCUGUUGGUGUCGAUGCCAAGAAAGCUUUUCCUUUCCGGAACAUGCAUUUUUACGCGGAGCCAAGAGCUGCGCAGGAGAUUCUAGGGUGGAAGGCUACAACAAAUCUUCCAGAAGACCUGAAGGAGCGAUACGAGGAGUAUGUGAAAAUUGGCAGAGAUAAGAAAGAGAUAAAGUUCGAGUUAGAUGAUAAAAUUCUGGAAUCACUGAAAGUGCCUGUUGCAGCAUAA